AUGUUCAGAGGUUGUGAUCAUUGUACAGUAGGUUUGUUAAUUGAUCUUGCUGAAAACGGAUCUUUGGAAUGUUUUUCCGUUGUUUGAUGAUCUAUGGCGUCAAACCGUAGCAAGUCGGAUGAAGAUUUUUUUUUUGUUGCGUUCAUUUUCUGAAGGAGGAUGAUCAUUAUACGGUUUUUCUUUUUGUUGAAUUAGUCAUAAGUAUUUUUAAGAAAGCUUGAGAAAGUCUAAUUGGCGUCAAACCGUUACGGGUCGGGUGCAGCUUGAGUUUUUGCAGUUCCCUAAUUUUUCCUUUUAAAAAUAUGUUAGAAAGGUAUCCAAAACCGUGGAUUUUUUUUCUAACUUCAUCAAUGGUUAUAGAACUUUUUUUAACUUCUAAUGUUUUCUGAUUUUUUUUAAAGGUACAGUAAGCUUAAACGUCCGCACUAUAGGCUGAUGGGCGUCAAACCGUAAAGGGUCGGGUGCAGCUUUUGUUUUGUAGUUUUUUAAAGUUUCAUUCUCAGAAGUUUGUCAGGAAUCAAAAUUCUUGUCUUUUCUGAGUUUAUCAACCUUUUUUUUAGACCUUAUCACUUUUUGGAUUUUUUUUUUCCGGAACAAAGUUCAAAUUAAGAACAAAAGCUACCACACUGUACACACUGUAAAAUAACCCCAUUUUUUGCAGAUAGUGGCCUUGACGCCGCUUCGGUUCUCGAAAUGAUCGAACAGAACAACGCCCCCUACGUUCAAAGUACAUUUUUUUUUUCUGAUUCCAUGAUUUUUGUACUUUUUCAGAUAACACUACACCUAAAGGAGCACUCUUUGGUAUGUUUUAAAGGAAAAAAAAAAUUUUAGAAAAAAAUUUUUUUAGACGCUGUUACGUGUCCUGCUGGUUGGACAUUGUACACCGGAACUAAUAAAUGUUAUAAGGUUUUUUUUGGAAGAUUUUUUUCAUGAAUGUAGAAGAGUAGUUGAUGAAUGAGCUCAAUUUUUAGAAGUGACCUCUUAAGUGAUAUUUUUCAUUUUUUUGAGCUGGAAUUUGAGAAAAAAACCGCCAAGAUCAGAAAUUUGAAACUGAAUUCAUUCGCAGGAAAAGUUCUGAUGAAAAACUUCAAAAUGGAGUUAUGAAAUCAAUUUAUUUUGUUUUUUUCAACCCAUUACUUUUCAAGCUUCAAUUCAUCAAAAUUUUUCCGCUUUAAUUUUCAAAUUCCGUCCCUUUUUGCCUCAAUAUUUGGUGGUAUAAAAUCAAAGGCAGCGAUUUUUUAUACGGCGACUUUUCCGAUUUUUUCAAAUCCCUAGGGGACUCUCCGACAUCCCUUUCCGAUGUCUUUCCCUUUUUUUAGUUUAUAAAAGACCUAUUAACAUUAUUUUCCUUUUUCUUUGUCUUUCAAUUAUGAAUAAUCAAUCUAUUUUUAAUAGGAAGGCUCAAAAGGAAUAGUUUACUUACUUAGAUAAUUAGAUGGUCCAUCUUCGCUUUCGACCUUUUAUUGUCUUUUAUUGUCUUUUAUUGAACGAAGCGUGGACUACACGUUUUCCAGGAGGUCUUAUGCAAUCGGUCAUCCAGUGUUGUCGUCCUGGUUGACUGGUAUUCUUGCGAAAAAGUUCCAUCCAUGGUGUUGAACGUGUUAUAGCAUAAUUGUGGUCUGAUUAUCUUUUUUGCCUUGCCAGGGCUAAAAAAGACCGCCCAUUCUGUUAGCAGAAGCAAGCCGAAUUGCGUGACCGGUGUACCGUUAGCCGCCAUAAAUGGCGUUGCCUUCCCAUCACCGCCUAGUGGUGGUACUUGAAAGGGAGGAAUAGUUUAUCGAGAAAAAAUAAGUCGGAAACGUCGCCGAGUUCCCUAGCAAUCUGAAAAAACUAUCGGUAGUCGUCGUUCGAAAUUUCUUUGGCUUUUUUCAUACCGCCCAUAUUUUUCUCUUCUUGCCUCAUUAUUGCUCAGAAUAUAUGGUGAAGGCGAAACAUUUUUUUCCUAACCCAAAUUAUUAGAUGACGGCAAAGAAAGCGGGCUGGGCGAUGGGAGAAGCCAAUUGUCAGGAACUCCAACCCGGCUCCCACAUGGCUUCGUUUCACAGCAAGGAUGAGGCCACUUGGAUGGGAAGUUGGUCUUUUUCGGGUUUUUCAGUAGUAAAUUCUUCCGAAGUUUUGAAACAGCAUUGAAAAUGAAAGAUUUGAAGUUUUUUCGGUCAGGUUUCAAACUUUUUUUUCAAGUAUUUUUUAAUGAAAAUCGAAAAAAUCGAGUUCCAAUUCUAGAAGGUUGAAGUUGUGUCUUUUUAUAUUAAUUUCCCAAGCCUUUUUCACAUUUUUCAAAAGAUUUUUCAUAGAAAUCGAAAAAAACUCCAGUUCCCAAGAAGGUUCAAAGGGUAUUUUAAUCAAUACUAAAAGAUUUCCGGUCCAUUCAGACACGUUCAAAAUCAGCGGCACUUUACACUCUUGGAUCGGCCUGAACAAGGUGAGUUUUGACUUUUUGAAAAAAAGCUUGAAAAACUUCAACUUCAGAAAUCCGGCGAUUGGGCUUGGCUUGACGGCUCUCCGAUGGACUUCUCCUACUGGGACUCUGGCUAUCCAGCUGCCAUAACCACUCCAGAUAACACCUGUUGCGAGGUUUUCUUUUUGAAGUUUAUAGGCUUUUAAAGGCGUAUUUUGAUAUUUUAGAAUUUUUAACGUAGUAUUAAAGACAUGUAGAAGCACUAGAAGCAUUGAAGCGGUGACUGAAAGUUAGGUCUCAUUUUUAAUUUCAGUGAGCUUUCUAGAAACCCUGACCAGAUCGGUUGUGAACUUUUGAAGCUUUGCAGACAUUUUAGAAGCUAGAAUAGAAGUUUAUAUAGUAGUUUGAGUUUGCAAAAGACCUGUAGAAGCGUUAGAAGCUGUAGAAGUUCAAUGCAAAAGACUUGACCAAAACAUCUUUUAAGUUUUCUGAAGCUUUAAGAGUUGACUUCCGAGUUAAGACUGUUAUUGAGAGAAGUAGGUUCAAUUGGAAGUAGGGCAAGAAGUUCGAACUCCAGAAAGUUUGCUAGAAGUUUCCAUUUCAAUUUGGAACUUUUGAAGCUUUGGAGAAGCGCCAGAAGCUAUAUAUUACUAUUUUCGACUUCAACGAGCUUACCUAGAUGUUCCAAAGACUUGACCAGAACUGUUUUGAAUUUUUGGAGCUUUAUAGACAUUUCAGAAGCUGUAAAAGCUGGAUUGGAAAUUUAGAAAGUUGUUCGAACUUUUCAGAAACACGUAGAAGCGCUAGAAGCUGUAGAAGUCCGAUUGAAAGUUGGGAAAAAAGUUCGAACUCUAGAAAGUUUCCUAGACGCUCUAGAAGGGGGGAGAAAAAAUUUGAAGCUCCUUUAUUGGACCAUCAUGGACUGUAGGUGUUCAUUUCAAAAUUUAUCUAGUAGUUCGAAGCUCAAUAAGAUUUGUAAGUCUCAGUAGGUGGAGCAGUCAUGCUGAUUAUUUAGAAUGUGCUAUUAACCUGUUGGGUCCACGGCUGUUUUUGAAAAAGUAGAGAUUUCAGAUCUACUAUGGACUUCUCAGUGGUUUGCUUGGCACCAAAAUUGGACAGGCAGAUAAUUACGAUUGUACCGAGGAAAUCACCACGAUUUGUAAGUAUGAUCCGGUGCAGGGUGAGUUUGAAAGCUCAGGAAAAAACUAUAAGACUUGUUUUUUAAAGUAACGACGCCUCCGCCUCCUCCACCGACCACUACUACAACUCCAACGACGUAAAAAAAAUAUUUCUUCGGAUAAUUCAUAAUUUUUAGUACCACAACGACGCCUACCACUACUUCUACAACCACGACAACGUAAAAAAAAAAACAAAAUUUUCCAAAUAGUUUAGAAAUUUUCAGUCCUACCACGACUCCUACCACUACUACUCCAACUACGUGAGCCAAUAAUUAUUUUAGAAAAUUUGGAAUUUUUUACAGUACGACGCCUACAACGACUCCUACAACAACCACGACACCGACGACGUGAAAAUGAAUUUUUUUUGAGAUCUGAGAAUUUUUUUCAGUACCACCACCACGCCUACAACUACUUCUACAACUCCGACAACGUUAAAAAAAGAAAAUUUUCUAGAUAAUUCAUAAUUUUUUCAGUACCACCACCACGCCUACAACCACUUCUACAACUCCAACAACGUAAAAAUAAAAAUAAGAUUUUUUCAGAAUGUUAAGAUUUUUUCAGUACUACCACGUCUACCACUACAACUCAGACGACGUGAGAAAGAAAUUUUUCAUUUAGAAAAUCGUAAUUUUUUUUUUAGUACAACCACCACAAAGCCCACAACCACCACGGAAGAGCCAACGACAACAAAAGCAAGGUUUGA